AUGGGGGACAGUUGGCCCUGGAAAAUUCUAAAGUAUGCCUCAUCAACGGUACAGCUACUGGAUUAUCUAGUACUUCCAAAAUAUUUAUCACUUAAAUCAAAUCAUUCAGGCAUUGGAUCCUUUACCGUGGUCGAUGGGAAACUCGUAGAGGGCGCUGAUGCUGGAAUUACAUUCUUCUUGGAUGUUGAUAAGAUUGGUUCGAGUAGGGCUCAAGCAGUUGCUGAACUUCUACAAGAGUUGAACGAGGAUGUUAAAGGAUUUCAUCUUGCUGAGGACCCUGUCACUCUCAUCGAAACUAGACCAGAAUAUUUCUUGCAAUUCUCCAUUGUUAUUUCUACAGAAGUCCCCGAAAGUUCUUUACUAAAAUUAGCCGAAGUUUUAUGGAUCGCAAAAAUUCCGCUAGUUGUAGUACGUUCUGUUGGAUUCAUUGGGUAUUUUCGUAUCGUGGUUCCGGAACAUACUGUUGUUGAGACACAUCCAGAUAAUGUUGUUGAUCUAAGGCUAGACAAACCUUUUUCUGCUCUAGAGCAAUAUGUUAUGACCUUUGAUUUUGAUUCGAUGGAUAAUAUGGAUCAUGGACAUAUCCCUUACGUGGUGAUUUUGUUAAAGUAUCUGGAUCAAUGGAAACUAGAACAUGACGGGAACCUACCAAAAACGUAUUCUGAAAGAGAUGAGUUCAAGUCGAUGAUAUCUAGGGGUAGGAGAAAUUUCGACGAAGAAAACUUUGAUGAAGCACUGUCCAAUGCAUGGAAAGCAUACACAUCCUCCAAGGUUCCGCAUGAAGUCGAAGAGCUUUUUAAUGAUUCUGCAUGUGAAAACAUCACUUCUAAUUCAUCAAACUUCUGGAUCAUUAUGCGUGCUGUUCGGGAUUUUGUGACCAACGAAGGACAAGGCUUGCUACCUUUGGCGGGGGCUGUGCCGGACAUGAAAGCCUAUACUUCUGGCUAUGUUGCAUUACAAACUGUCUAUCGUCAAAAGGCAAAACAAGAUGUCGCUAUAAUUCGCACUCGUGUCGAUGACAUUCUGAGAUCAAUUGGACGAACGACAGACUCCAUACACGACGAAGAAAUUGACGUUUUUUGUAAGAAUGCAGCUUACAUUAAAGUUAUUCGAUAUAGGUCAUUACAAGAAGAAUAUAUAAGUGAUCAAAAGAAAGUUGAAAUUGAUGCUGCAACUUUCUUUAGUGAAGGUGAUCCGGAAGAAGCUAGCGAAGCAACAAAAUCAGAGUUUGAGGCGUUUAAAGCUCAAGUUCACACCUUGUUGGAAGAUUUGCAAAUUUCGAACAUACCCGAACAUUUAGAUGACUAUAUUCAUGAGAUUUGCCGAGCUGGAGGAUCCGAAUUACCCAGCAUUGCAGCAUUUGUCGGCGGCUUAGUAUCCCAAGAAGUAAUUAAACUUAUCACUCGCCAAUACAUUCCUGUGAACAACACUUGUAUAUUUGAUGGCGUGAAAUCUGCUGCCUCAACCUAUAUAUUAUAG